AUGUCUUUAUUCAUUAAUGGCAAGAUCCUCUCCAGGAGCGUCGCCAGCUUGGCAGACGAGCCCACCUUUGCAGAGAGUAUGUACAUUAAAGACGGUAUCAUUCAAGCCAUCGGUACAAAAGAGCAUGUCGCAGCACAGAUCAAGACAGAAAAUACCAUCGAGACGCAAGAUCUGAACGGAAAGACAGUUCUCCCAGGCUUUGUAGAUGGCCAUAUGCACCUCCUCCUGCUUGGCCAGUCACUUCGCAAGAUCGCUCUGGAACACUGCAAGAAUCUGGAUGAUAUUCUGCACGAACUGCGCACCUACGCAAAAGCCAACCCGCAUGUUCCCAGAAUCAUGGCCAAGGGUUGGAUGCACUCCAUGACCCCUGACGGCGUGAACUACAAGAUUUUGGAUGAGAUUGACGAGAGACCAAUUUAUGUCGAUACCAAGGACAUGCACUCAACGUGGUGUAACUCUGCAGGUCUGGCAGAGAUGAAGGUCGCCGACAUGGCGGAUCCUCAAGGUGGAAUCAUUGAAAGAGAUGAGAACGGUCGUCCAUCAGGAGUUCUCAGCGAAGCGUGCAUCUUGACGAUUGUCUGGCCUACCCUUGCCCAGCUUGCUUCCAAUGAAGAGCGUAUCGAGUGCAUGCUCGCUGCGUUCAAAGCAUACCACGCCUCUGGAUACACAGGAAUAAUCGAAAUGGCCAUGGAUGAAUACUCAUGGGAAUCCCUUGUUGAGCUCAAGAGACGACAUCCCGAUGUCGCUAUGCGUGUCACAGCAUACUGGAUCGUCAAGCCUUCUGAAAAUCCAGAGGAGCGUGAACGACAAGUGUCCCGGGCAAUCGAGUUAGCAAAGCAGUACAGCAAGGAAAACUCACCCGAUCUUCGCAUCGCAGGUAUCAAGAUCAUCUGUGAUGGUAUCAUUGAUGCUUGCACUGCAUACCUUUCCGAACCAUACUCCGCGGCCCCAUCUCCACCACCGUUCUGGUCGAGAGAGGACCUCGAGCCUGUUGUUAAACAAGCAGCCGAUGCGGGAAUACAAAUCGCUCUUCACGCUAUUGGCGAUGCGGCCAUCACAAUGGCUGUAGAUGUGCUCGAAAAGCACGGCAAGCCUGGUGCGCGACACAGAAUUGAACAUCUGGAAGUGUCCAAGCCUGAAGAUGCGAAGCGACUAGGCGAACUAGGUCUCACAGCAUCCAUUCAGCCCGUUCACGCUGAUCCAGCCAUCUUGCGCGCCUGGCCACGCCUCAUCUCUUCCCGUCGGGACCGCGCCUUUGCAUACCGUGAAUUCGCGGAUUCAGGCGCUCUCCUCGCGUUGGGCAGUGACAGUCCCACUGCGCCGUGGAAUCCACUGCACAACAUCUAUGUCGCAGCAACACGACGUUCCGCCAGAGAACCAGAGUGUGAAGAGGUGGUCAACGAGCACUUUAAGCUCGGUGUUUGCGAAGCGGUGGUUGCAGGUUCGCAGGGUGCAGCGAAGAGUGUCUUCCAGGAUGACAGAGUUGGCAGUCUGGAGGUGGGCAAGAUUGCUGAUCUUGUCGUGGCGGAUAUGGAAUGGGAUGCAAAGACUCUGCUCAAGGCUGAGAUUAAUGAGACUUGGUUUGCUGGCAGGAAGGUUUGGAGUUUGGGAGAUGACAAGUCGAAGCUGUAG